UUCAGGCACUUCCGACAGCUUUCGGCCGCUCGGAUAUGAUGUAGCAACUGUUCAGCAGACUUAUCGGAAGUUAGAGGUGUAACAGUGCCAAUUACACUCGAAACAUAUUAAACUUGUGACAGUUUGCUUUAUUUCUCCACAUGGCUUAUCCAGGAUACGGCGGGUAUGGGGCCGCGAUGCCAGGCAUGCCAGCUCAGGGGAUGCCACCCCAAGGAAUGCCAGGAGGGCCAAUGGGAGGCCCCAUGCCCGGGCACAUGGGUGGGCCGAUGGGAGGCGCACCACCCCAGGGAGGAUACGCCCCCUAUGGAGGCGGCUAUCCAGGCACAUACGGAGCUCCACCCCCGGCUGCCAACGAUCCAAUGUGGGGUUACUUUACAGCCAUAGCGGGCCAGGACGGUGAAAUUGAUGCAGAGGAGCUCCAGAAGUGUCUGACUCAGUCUGGUUUCACUGGAAGCUACACCCCCUUCAGCCUGGACACGUGCAGGAUCAUGAUCGCAAUGCUUGAUAGGGAUUUUACAGGCAAGAUGGGUUUCAAUGAGUUCAAGGAUCUGUUCACGGCUCUGAACGGCUGGAAGCAGAACUUUAUGAUGUUUGACCAGGACAGGAGCGGGACCGUUGAACCUCACGAGAUGAGUCAGGCAAUCAACGCUAUGGGCUACCGUGUCAGUCCUCAGGCUCUGAAUGCAAUCAUCAAGCGCUACAACAAAGCUGGAAGAAUCUACUUUGAUGACUACGUGGCCUGCUGCGUCAAACUGCGAGCUCUCACAGACAACUUCAGGCGGAGAGACACCAUGCAGCAGGGAUCUGUCACCUUCCAAUAUGAUGAUUUUAUCCUGUGCACAAUGGCCAUCUAAAGUGCUGCUCUCUGUCCCGCACCACAAGGUCAGAGCGCGUAAUGAACCAAUCAGUGGUGAAUUGUGGACUACUGGCUCACAGGAACACAGAGGGAGGCCAGUAUAUUUGACUGAGUGGCCCGACAGCCACAAUAGGACCGUGCCCAUCGCUUGUAACGCUUGCUGUAAUGCUUUAGUCUUGUAUGUCACACAGGGAUGUGCUGAAGAUGUAUCAGGUGUACACACACACAUAUAUAUACACAGUAUAUAUCCACAGUAGAGGGGAAAAUACUACAUUUCAGGGUCUUUAAAGCUCUUAUGUAUAGGAUUUGAUCUUCCAACUUUCAAAGAGACAACACAUGGGGGCUUUAAAGAUGAAGAUUUAAGAGUUUCAUUGGAACAAUCUAGUGAUUAACAUACCAGAUGUCUUUAAAUAGCUUGAAUAUUACGCUUUGGGUCUCUCAUUUUAGAAAGUGAACCGCUACUAUAAAGAUGUUCUGACGUGAGACACCUUCUGUGCCAUUAUAAUCUCUGAAUGUAUGAUCUAUAUAUUAAAACCACUGAUAUAACUCGAUACUAAUGUAAAAAAAAAAAAAUUAUGCGUAAAAGCAUGGUGAGUCAUGAUUUACAUGUUACAGCAUUGAGAGAUUACAUGAUGUUGAUUUGACUUUUACACUGAACUUCAGACAGUUGUUUUUUUUUUUUUUUGAUAGCAAGUGCAUUUUCUCAUGUGCAUUAUUUGUUGUAAUGAUAUUUUCUGUGCAGGACAGAAUGUGCACCUAUGUUUUAUAAAAAAUGUAUAACAACGCCUUAGAUUCUAGAUAUGCAUAUUAGCUUGAUGUUUAACUUGAUAACAAGCUUAGCCAAAGUGACUGUGAGCUGAUGUAAAAUUCAGUCUGUUACUAAUGAUACUGAACUAUAAAAGUAUUAUCAUAUAGCAGCAGUAUGUUCAUAUGCCUGAGAACUUGCAGCUAUGUAAACUUUUUUUCCAUUUUCUCCAUGUUUCAGUACACACACAACAACCAGGUUUUUCCAUUUGUAAAGACCGCAGUGAAGUCAAUCUCUGCACAUGACCAAUGUUGUAGGAAAGAUCAUAUUUUGUUACUCACAAUAAACACUUUUUAAUCAGUA